AUUAAAAACCUAAAUCAAUUAUAAAUUUUCCUAUUUUUGUCCGUUGUAGUUAUUUGGGAUGUUGCGUCAAUUAGGCUUGAGCAAAUUGUUGCUCUCACCUAAUUUUCAACAAAAUUUGAAUGUAAAUAUCAAAAAUACAAAAAAAACGCGUUCAUCCAAAACUCUGUCUAAAACAAGUCCAACUACAAUUGAUGAGUUAACACAUCCUGAACAUAUCCCAUCCAAACCGGAACUGAGGCGUAACCUUAGUUUAAAAUAUUCUAUCCUUAAAAAAGCAGCUGCCAAUUAUGAAGAGACCAACAAUUUUACCUAUAAACCAUUGGAUAUAUUCCCAAAACGUAAUCUAUGGAUAUCGUUAAGUUCAAAUACUGAAGAUGAUGUUUUAACUAUACAUGAUUUGAAGUAUUUUAAAUGCAUGGAGUUUCCAUGCAACCAGAAAUUUGAUCAGUAUGCUGCAAUUAAUAAAAAUUUAAUCCCACUUCAAAUGCAAAAUGAGUUAUUACCAAAUGAAUUGUCCUGUAAAACCUUUAAAAAAUUAUUAGAUAUUGAUGAAUAUGAAGUGUCUCCCACAGAAAAGCUUCCGCUACUUGGUAUAGAAAAUAUAUUAAAGACAGUCAAUGAAAUCAACACAAGAAAACCGAUCAAAAAGGAACAAUGUCUUGCUGAGAAGAUUUCAGUCUUUGUUAAUAAAAAAUCUUUAUCGGAUGAAAAGGUUCACAGGAAGUUUAAAUGCAGUAAUAAAAACAACUUGCAAUUAAAAAAAAGACUUAAAGAGGUAAAAUUGUCUAUGAGAAACUGCAAAGUAUUUCCAUACCAUUCUUCCAUGUACUUGAACUCCAACAAAUAUGUGGGGCAUUUAGUUACACAUAAUAGGGUUCAGGUGGAAGAAAACAAUAAGGUAGUUCCACGAGGUAAUGAACACGAUGAAGAAGAUAACAAGUCUUAGGAACGUACUUUAAAUUCUUGGACAUAUAAUAUCUAAAAUUUCUAUAGUAUAACCGUUUCAGAAACUUUAUAAUUUAGAUUUUCGUUGACUAAAAAUUUCUUAAAAGUUUUAUUUUU